CAUCACCUUCCUUGGAUUGACAUUGAAUUCAAAGUCACCAUCAAACACAAGCAUCGGCUGUCUCACAUACUUGUUUGUAACACUAAUCCUUUGCUUGCAUAUUGAUUUGUUUGCUCUGACAAUGGUCUCCACUGGUCUCGCUGUCGUUGUUCACUUCUCGACUCUGGUCUUGGCCUCAGCCUAUUCCAACAAUCAAGCCACUCACCAUUACCGCCAGGAUUGGCGAUCGACACGGUUGGCUUCUGUCCAACACGCAUCGUCGACCGUGGACACUACCUCCCCAGUACUACCAGGCGUUGCAACCUUUGAAAGCUGGUUUCAGAAACUUUCCGGAGCAACUUGCUGUACCUCAGUAGUUCAUUCCACAUUCGGAAGAGGAGCUUUGCGCGGUUUGGCAUGGAAAAGUACGACCAGCCCUGGUACGCCUGUACCGAUAGCAAAAACCCUUUUAGCCACGAUUCCGAGCUCAGCCGUGCUGAAGUCUGAUUACAACGUGGAUACAUGGGAUGCCGAUCUGGCUUGUCGCUUGUGGCACGAAGUAAGGAAAGGAUCGGACAGUCGCGUGGCCGGAUACGUGAGCCUCUUGACACAAGGGGACAACGUGCCAGCCAUUUCCGGAUCGGAAGUACCGGCAAGUACGGCGCUUAACGCAGUGAGGCACUGGACCGUAGCGCAACGAGAGCAUCUCCAAACGUGCAAUGCGGGGCAGCGGGUUCUAGACUUGUCACAAUCACAAGAAGCAAAAUGGAAGGAAAAGUAUAGUAAACUAGGCGACUCUAGCGUCGAUAGCAGCGUGCCGACAUGGGAGCAGUUUCGGUGGUGUAUGGAAGUUGUGCAUAGCCGAGCCUUUUGCGGCGUUUCGACGAGCGGUACCGUGAGCCUGCUGCCGUCCAUUGUGGCUCCCCUUGUGGCUUCCUAUGCCGGGUACCUCUACACAUCAUCCCAAGUCAACGCAUCGUACGGUGUCUUGGCACUAUUGGCCACCAUUGCUAUUGCACCAACGUUCGUUGGAAUUUUGCGUCCAUCAUCCAGGGCGGCUGUGUUGCUACCCUUGAUCGACUCCGCCAACCACUUCGAGUCCGCUGACUCCACUAUUGACUUUAACGUAUUGGCCAAUGCCUUCGAAUUGAGCAUCGGACCGAAUUGUAUAAAAGAGGAAGCCGAUGGUCAGCAGCAGCUGUACAUUUCGUACGGUCGCAAAAGUGAUACCGAACUUUUGCUAAACUACGGAUUUCUUCCGGAUGUACCUUGUGACAACAUCGAUAACGACAUGUUGCGACGGCAAAUGGCGGACGCCUUCGUCAAACGAAAUAAUUAG